ACCAAAGUUCAAGCACUAACGUCGAUAAUCGAGCCAUCAUGCCCGCUCUCCAGCUCACAACAAACGUGAAGAUCGAUGACGUGAAAGCGUUCUCGCUCGAGUUCUCCAAGAUCGCUGCGGAGGCUCUUGGAAAGCCGGAGUCAUACAUUUCUGUCUGCUACACAUACAAUGAAUCCCUCACCUUUGCUGGAAGCUUCGAACCAGCGUUUCUUUUGAGCAUUAUAUCUUUGGGUAAUCUGAACCCUCAGGCAAAUGCCAAGUAUAGCAAAGCCUUGACGGAGUUCUUUGAGAAAAAGCUAGGACUCAAGAAUAAUCGCGGAUAUAUCACAUUCGUUGACCCUGGGAGAGAGUUCCUUGGGUAUCAAGGUGCAACGUUCUGAGUGAGAAAUCGAAGUGCAUGAUAUUGUAAGAGAUAAGGACAAGUAUUUAAAGCGAAAGUACAAACGAUGAAUUAUGCAGAUAUUUGAUUCUGUUCGUC